AUGAGGGAGCACGUCCACCGUGUCAUGGUGUUCAUCUGCUGCGUGGCGUUCGCAACCGCUGGCUUUCUGGGCCUGCUCAUGCUUUAUCUCGUAUACGUGGCAAUGAACGUCGGAGAGCCAGGUCGACUUCGCCCCACGGUCGAGGAGUCCACCACGGUGACCGAUUCGACCGCCUACACCAGCCACCUUCGCCAUCGCUCAACCGGACUGCCAGCCGAGUGCCGAAAGCAGCCAGUGUUCCACAAGUGCCUGGUCAACGAAACGUUCCCUGCGGCUGAUCGUUUUGACCAGUGGCGCGGCGUGGACGGGAACGCGUCGGGUCGGCCCUGGUACUUUCUGCACGGCUCCUGCCUCGAGUGGACACCCGAGGCGUUCUGUCUGGAAAAAUCACGUGCCCACUUCGCCGAGAAAAAAACGUGCGCGCGACACUGCGAACGAGGCACACCGCAACACCGGUGCACGCAUCACCUUCCGGCCCCCUUGCGGAGCAACUGCUCUUCGAGCGACGAGGGCGCCCCCCAGUGGUGGUUCUACGACCCGCGCUCUUGCCGAUGCCGCAAGUGGAGAAACGUGUGCGUGCGGCCGGCCUACACCUCGUACAGGGCCUGCGCCAAGCGGUGCCGCCGGCGUCGCAAAGUCCACGCCUGA